AUGGAAAACCUGUUCCAUAUUCAUCUUUUGAGGUCAAUUAUUUUCUCAAUUCUGAUUGCUGUUUCGGCUAAUGAGAAAUAUCUUUCACCCCUUAACUCCACUUUUAUUAACCUAGCUAAAGAAAGAUUCAUGUCACUUGAUCCAACUAAGCUUCCAGAUCCUCCAAUGCCGUCCUAUACUUUCACUAUUUACCAUCGCGAUGUAUUUGAAAAAUUAAACUUCAAGGACUACGACUCAUUGCUUGAAAGUAGACUUGCUCGAUCUCAUGCUAGAGCAAGUUAUUUGGCUUCAAUUCUUGAAAAUGGUAACGAUGUUAAAGAAGGGACGGUUCCUCCAAAUGACAAUCCAAUUGAUGCAAAUGCAACUCUGACAAGGCAACACGACGCGCAAGGGAGCAAGAUGCGCGAACUUGUACCAAAAACAACCGGUGCCUAUUACUCAAAUGGCGAGUAUGUUGCAUCUUUUUUGUUAGGCAGUGAAGAAGUUAGAAGUUUUUUCGUAAUUGACACUGGCAGUGAUUUAGUUUGGUGGCAAUGUGGACCAUGUGAGGAAAAUAAGUGCUACAAACAAAAGUUUCAAAAUCCAUUAUAUAAUUCCACUGCAUCGAAAACUUUUCGAAAAGUUGACUGCUUGCGAUACGGUACAAAAUAUUGCAUAUUUGAGGACUCCGCUUUCACUUGUGAUCCAGAUAGUUCUGAGUGUCGCUAUGAAAUGACAUAUGGGAGUAGACAAAUAACAAACGGAUACAUGGCCGAUGAUGUGAUUACUUUUGUUUUAGACCAAAGACCAAUUAGGGUUAUGUUUGGAUGUGGCAAAGAUCAAACCAGUGGAACAAAUUUCAGUGGUUGGUUCUCUGGAAUUGCUGGCCUUGGACGCAGAGUACGUCCACAAAAAAAGGUUGGAUAUUCUUUACGAUCACAAUUUGGAGCGUCACUAUUUUCCAUGUGUCUGCCAAGAUUUCAUUCAGGAAAGGGAUCUACCAUCAGUUUUCAUAACAGCUCAUAUCCAAGAGGAAAAUCAGCAAAAUUACUACCAAACAGAAGGUACCGUUCAUUUUUCUAUGUUAACCUUUAUAAAAUUUUUAUUAAUGACAAAGAAGUUUUGGUCAAUCCCUCAUGGUGGAAUUUCAAACCAAAUAUGCAUGGUGGAGUCAUCGUGGAUACAGGAACGACCUUUACCCAUUUUCCCAAGGAUUUUUAUGUCAUAUUUCGCUAUGCGUUUAGAGCUGAAGUACAAGAUAUUCCUAUGGUUGACAACCCAGUCGGACCUUUCGACACUUGCUAUAAAGAGAAUCCAAAUGGUCCUGGUUUAGUAUUUCCUGUUGUAAAGUUAUAUUUUGGCAGUGAAAAUCCAGGUACAAUGUUGCUUUUGGCACAAGAGCGAGUUGUUGUUCACUUUCGUGGUCACUAUUGCCUGGCUUUUGUAGGAACAGAUCAAGACAUCUCAAUAUUAGGUGUUAAUCAACUACAAGGUGUAGCAUUAACUUUUGAUACUUCGGCAAAUACUUUGUCCUUCGACUUAGAUGCAUGUGAUUAA